CCAGAGAUUAUUUUGGGCCUGCCAUUUAGCGAGGCCAUAGACAUGUGGUCACUGGGCUGUGUGAUAGCCGAGCUCUUUUUGGGCUGGCCCCUCUACCCUGGAGCACUGGAGUACGACCAGAUCCGAUACAUCUCUCAGACUCAGGGCCGGCCUGCCGAGCAGCUGCUCAACAAGGGGAGCAAGACUUCUCGUUUCUUCUCCAAAGACUCCAGCUCUCCCUACGCCUCCUGGAGACUAAAAACAACAGAAGAGCAUGAGAAAGAGACGGGACUUAAAUCCAAAGAGGCCAGAAAGUACAUCUUCAGCUGUCUGGAUGACAUCGCACACGUGAACUUGGUGCUGAGUCCUGACCACAGUGACAUGCAAGCAGAGAAGGCUGACAGGAGGGAGUUUGUAUCUCUGCUGAAGACCAUGCUAUUGAUCAAUGCGGAGGACAGGACUGUUCCCUCCAGCGUCCUCAAUCACCCCUUCCUCACUAUGACUCAUAUGCUGGACUACCCACACAGUAACCAUGUGCAGUCAUCUUUCCGCAUCAUGGACAUGUGCCACAGUCGGCCCACCAAUGCAGUUUUUGACGCUCUGAAUCAGAAUACCAUUCAUUUUUCAAGACCCCCUGUUGCCCCCACUGCCUCCUCUGGCCUCCCUCUAGGCUACAGCAACAUACCAGUCCACACUCAGCCUAUAAACCAGUCGGCUCCCUCAGUGUUGCAUCCUGGGAUAGCUCUAACAACUGGGAAUGGUCAGUUUGGGUGCACUGACUCUUUCCCACCUGCCCUUCUUCUUUGUCCUCCCACCAUGCAAGGUAACCUUAACCAGCCAGCAGGGUAUUCUGUUCCCAUGGUAACUCAGGCCCCUCCUAUACAGUCCUUACCAGUGAGACCUGGUGUAAUUGCUCAGCAGGCCUGGUCUAGCUGUGGGCAGCAGCUUCUCAUCCCAGCAGCCUGGCAGCAGAUGACUCCUGUGGGUCCUCCUCCCUCUCACCCUCCUCCACCUCCCCCGUCCUCCCUUACCAACGACACCACAGCCGGCCCACAGAGAAUCAGCGACUGGGGCAGCCACUACACUUCAGUGAUGCAACAGCCUCUCCUGACGAAUCAGAUGUCAGCCCUCUCUGCCCAUCAGCCUAUCAACAUUGGCAUAGCUCAUGUUGUGUGGCCCCAGCCGGCCAAUAAAAGGAACAGACACAGUCACAACAGGAACCUGUCCCACCCCAGGAACAUCCUUAUAUCAGUAUGUCGGACCCCCAAGAUGGCCAAUGUUGUAGGACAGACAGUGGAACUAAGAGAGCAGCCACAGAGGGACUUGCCACUGGUGGGAACCAGGCAACCGGCAGUUCAAAAUGCGGAUGCAGAGGAGGAAGUGAGCUGCUUCAAAGAGGUGGUGCCAAAUGGUAACAGCCAGCUGGACCUGUCCAGUCGACAACAGCGAGAUGUGGCGGUUCUGAUGGGGGACACACCAAGCCCUGCUCCCAGUGUGAUCAGCAUCCGCAGUGACCUGACUGACGGAGAGGACGAAGACCCUCAAAGAUGCCGUUUGAGCGAGUGUAAAGAGGAGUGUGUGUGUGAGGCAUGCAGAAACACCAGCGUGUCUAUGGAGAGGGUCUGUUCCCUCAGCAGCCCCGAAAGCAGCCUCAGCACCAGUUCUUUUGCCUCCAACUCACUUCAGUCCAGCCCCUCAGUCUCACCGUGCAAGAGACCCAACAGCAUGUCCGAGGAUGACGGCCACGAGAGUGGCUGUGACACAGUGGAAGGCUCACCCGCGUCCGACACAUUGACUUCCCCGCGUGGCAACAGUCCCUACCGUUACCUCGACAAUAAAAACCACAACAACCACCAAACUUUGGCUGCCAUGGUCGCACCACUGCCUUCCCCUGCAGUGCAGGGCAGGAGUCCCCGCGGCGUCAGGACAAUGGUGGUUCCACCAAUGAGAGUGCAGAACAACAACAGUCAAGGGAGAGAGGAGCGCGUUCAGAGAACAGAGUCCUGGUCCCGGUCCAAAGGGCGCUGCAGCCUUGUAGGACAACAGAGCACUCCCUCCUCCUUCACCCUCCUCCCAUCUCCCCUCCUGUCCCGGCAGCAAAAAGUGACAGGGCACCAGCAGCACCCUCUGGGCUUUGGACAGGUGCAGCCGUACGGUUCAAACCACAGCAACAACGAGUGGAACGGCAACUAUGGGCCGCUGCGACCGCACGCCUACAUCCCCCCUACUGUCCACACACACACCUUCACACACCUGCAGCACAGCAGCCCCACGCACACUUCGGCCGUCCCGCACACACAUACCCAAGGCCUGCCCACACACACCCUGCUGUCCUACCCUCCCAGUGCCACCCUCACCGCAGCUCACCACCCCCACGCCAUCCUGCCCUCACGCCCUCCUCCUCCCCCCCUCCUCCAGCACAGUUACGGGCUUUCCCACCCCCAAGGAGGCGCUAUAGUUCACCAGGUGACCCUUGGCAUCAGCGCCCACCCCCACCACCCUGGACACCCCGCUCCCCACCCACACAGGCUCCUCCCCUCCCCGACCAUCCACCCGCAUCACCAGCCCGGCUAUGCCCACCACCCCCACCAGUUCAAGCCUCCGUUCCUCCCUCCUCACCCUUACAUGGCCUCCCCGGCAGCCUACACAGGCUUCCCUCUGAGCCCCACCAAGCUCAGCCACCACCCCCAGUUCUCUUAUAUCUGAGGAGCAGGACGGGGCCGCAGCAGUACCUUCUGGUGAGGAAGGGCAACGGGAAAUGGACUGGGGCUGCGACCUGGGCAGGAAGAGCAGGCAGAAGAGCACAAAAUGGACACUUGUAAUGAGGAAGCGGAAGAUAUGGUUACCAAGAGGAGGAUGGAUAACAAUGUAUCAUCGGGGAUUAAGAAAGAAAAAUAAAAGUAACGAGGCUGAAGAUAACGUUUUCUGCUGUUUCGGGGACAAAAAUUCACAGCCUCUGUAAUCUGGAGGCUCACGUCAACAGUCAAUGAUCGUCUUUGAUUGUCAGAGCAACUUCAGCUCUGAAGGACUUCCUGCUAAAUCAUGUCGGCCGACAGAGGAAACGAUGUUUGAUUGAAACAGCAAAGCUUUACAAGAGAGCGUCACCAGAGUGUGUGAAUUCACAAAGUAUGAUGAUAAGGAAAUUUUUAUUGAGAAUGUGUCCUUUGCACAUUACCUCAUGUUGUUUGUUUUUUGAGUAGUGUUCAGAGAAUAUGAUCUAAUUUUAGGCGGGAAAGCAUUUGUUGUUGUUGUUGUUGUUGCUGUCAGGGUGCUCAGCCUCCCCUGCCCUUUAUCUUUGUUGCCUUGUAGCAUGUGCUAGCCGCUCAGAUCUGUUUGUUAAGCCAUCCCAGUCUGUAUUAACCAGGAUUGAACGCUCCUGUCUUUGUUCGAGGCAGACUUUACUGCUGCCAUCGCCUAGUGCCUUAAAACCAGAGUCUAUGACGUUCUUCAGGAGCUUAUAGAUUGUACAUUUAAAUGGGCUUGCAGCACUUAACCUUCAGACUCUGAAUAUGAUGGGCUUAUUGGAUAAAUAACGCUUGUGGUUAUGUUUUAAUAUUGGCAAAUGUUGGACUUCAGUUUGCUUUCUAACUCAGAGUAUGGAUUGACUUUAGAUAGAGGCUGCACAUUUAGGGCUUUGACUGAAUGAGCUUUUUAUGUACAUAAAGAGUGAUUUGAUAUUUUGAUAAUCAGUUUCUAUUCACUAUAGUACUUAAUUCAUAACAGUAUUGUCACUGUUUACUGUAACUGCAAUACAAUCUAGAUAGCCUCUGGGUUGCUGUGUUUUUAUUAUUUUGCGUUUAGGCUAGACUUGCAUUAAUGCAUUUUAUGUUUUAGUUUUUGGGAGUGGCGUAGACUAAAAACGAUUGUUUUAUGUUUUUACUUUUAAAUGCUUCUUAGUGUUUGAAAUAACCUAUCAAUUUACAGUAUCAUUGCUGGCCUAUUGAGUGUUAGAGGUGUAUCGGUAAUUGUUUCAAAUAUUUGUGUGAAACAAACCGUUUUGUCCAUGUAUUGAAGCCUGUUGUCAGUUUUUAAUACAUUCCUUCAGGGUGGGAUGCAUAGCCUUGAUUUCUUUUAAAUUGUUUUGGUUUUAUGUUUUUGAUUUCCUGUGUGUAGUAGAGCUGCGUCUUUACCUGUCAUAUCAGCUGGCAUUUUACUCCAAUCAGCACCAAAGACUGUUCAUUAAUCAUUUCUGAAGCAUGGUCAAUACUAUUUCUCCUUUCACCUCCAGCAUACUGUUGCAGUUAUCAAAUUAUAUUAUGAGAUCUCUAUUUUAAAAAUGAGGUUGAGGUUUUAUUUUUCUGAGCUAUGUUUGGCAAAUUGUAUUUGGAAUGUAUAGAUAAUAAGCUGCUAUGUACUGAUUAUCUGCCACUUCGUAGCUGUGAAUUUAGAGGAAUAAUCUCAUUCUAGCCUCUUUUGUAUUGUAGUUCUGAUGACUAGAUACAAUAGAAGUGGGUUUCUUCUUAUAUAGUAUAUUGAAUGCUAUUCCUAUAUACUAGUGCCUCUGUAUAUUGGCUUUGUUGUUUUGAAGUGAUUGUAAACUGCUGUAUUGGAAGUUAUGAGUUUUUAUUUUAUUAUUCUGUUGCUUUUUGAUGUGUGAGAGUGUGUGUGUGUGUGUGUGUGUGUGUGUGUGUGUAUUUGUAUUUGUGUGUGCGCAUUUAGCAUCAGUAUUUCAAACGUAGGCUGGGUUCACUGUUGGAUUCUGUAACCGGUGUGUCGUUGAUGUAUUAUCGUUUUACUCGUUUUUUCCGAUGACAUGGCUUUUGUUUCUGUUUUUGGACUGUAUUUGCAACUCUUCGUACUGUACAACUAGUGCCUUUCCUUAAACAAGUGACCGACAGGGGGGACGUCUUGCAUUGAUAUCAAAGCAGUCAGAAAUCUUUAGACUACCGGUAGUUCCUUCUGACGGGAUCAGCUCCUGUUUUCACAUCACAAAACCCCAAAGUUGUUUGUUUGUUGGACUAAGCUGAGGUCUGGAAACAAUCUCUUUUUUUUACAGAAUCCUAAGAAAGUAGAAGUCAGGGAAUGUUUUAUUGCGCUCACCAAGAACACCAUGCAGUACUCAAAAACAUAGGGCCUGAAUAUACACAAAUGCAAAGCUUUAUUCUCACAUUGUGAAUGUAUUUGUGAAACUCUGCUUUUGGUUUGCAUAUGAGUUAUUUGUUGCUUUUCUGAUGGCUACACAGUGUUUUCUCUCUUGUAUCAUGUGUUUUAGUCAGGGGUUCUUUCAAAAUGCUUUAUCCAUCAUUCAUACUCAAAGUUUAGGUCCAAAGUUGUCCCAUCAUCAUCUACGGCAGCGUAUUUCUGCCACCAUAACAAAACACAUUUGCUCAGUCUCUUGCUAUAAAAAGAAACUUCUCUGAUUUCUACAAGACCAUGAUACUUUGGGUUUUACAAACUAACGUUUGGUGAUAAAGCGAUAUAACAAAUUGUUUAGGGCGGUGGAAACUGACUCGUAGUAAUAAAGAGAAGUUGUCAUAAAGAGAAAAGAUCUUGUGAAUGGCAAGAAACUGAGCAAAUACUUAUUUUUUGUCUACUCUUAAUGUAUUACUUUGUAAUGGUUUUGCUAUGUUGCUUAAGCAAUGGGUAUAUUUAGUGCUACUGUGUUGACGACGCUUAGACAAACGAGAGGGUGCACUGUUCAGCGUGCAGUACAGCCUGGAAUUAUCAUCCAUAGGUGUGCUUCAUGGCACAGUAAUGUGUACUUUAUGUUCUGUUUUAUUAACCCUGUGGUGUGCAGCCUCGCAUUGAUUCCCAUAUGGCUCUAUUGUUUGUCAGCUCAGCACCUGUGAUGAGAUGAACACAUGUCCCACCACUUUGGUUGAUUACUUAUGAUAGAUAAUCCCGCCAGCAUGCAGCCUUGACAGUUGCAUCAUCAAAGUCACCAGAGGGUCACACAGAGCCCAGCAGCCUUAAGUCACAAAGCAGGCCUUAGGACUGUUGAAAUACUAAAACAUUAGGGGAUCUUUUUUUUUGAUACGGCAAUAAGCAAGAAUACGUCUUUGUUUAUCAAUAUUACAGAGCUUUGGUUGUAGUCUGCUUUCAGAAAUUAAAGCCCCUGAUUUUAUUGGGCUCGCAUGAAAAUUCUACAAACUUUAAAAACAUGGGUCUGAACAUCUCAUCUGCGUACUGGGCUGAGAAAUAUAUUGUGCGAAAAUUGACUCCUAAGAAAUGUUUUAGGUAGAUUUUGUACCGCGACUAUCUAAUUAUCGGGUUGACAGUUAUUGUAUUUAGACGCAUAUGUAGACAUAAUUUGCUAAAUUGAAACUGUUACUGUUCUAAAAAUGUGUAGAUCUGUGUGGCUUUAUGAUUUAUUUUGAUUUUAUUUUAUUCUUAAAUGCUACACUAGUUUGACAUGUAGCAACUGCACUGUGCAAUAUACAACAAUAUGAGGACUGGGAAAAUGAUUAUUGUUUGGAUGUAAUAAUGUGUGUCUUACCAGUUUGCGGUCGUUUUCUUUCCCCUCUAGUUCUCAGUGAGUUUCAAUGUGACCAAGCCUUAUGUACCUUGUCACAAAAAGCGGGUUCCUUCUUGGUGACUCUUUAUUAGUGAGUGUCAAAUUAUUAAUUGAUGGUGUACUAUGUCAAGAUUCACUUUGAAUUAAAAAAAAAUGAUAUUUUGCUUCA